UGAGUAGUUAGGACAAAAACAUAUAAAUUAUCAGAGUAUAUACGCCUAUUUCAGUUGAUUUUGCUUCAUAAAGUCUAAGAGAGAAUUGUUGUAAAGUCUCUCCUCCAAUCUUUUGAAACAAUGAAUGAUCUCAUUUAUGGGGUUCAGAUAUAAACAAUGAUCUCAUUAAUUAAGUCAUUUAUGGGGUUCAGAUAACAAUGAACUCAUUUAUAGGGUUCAGAUGCUGUUUGAAUGUAUUUGUUUAAUGUCUCUUUGAGAAUUUUUCACUUAUAUAGAGAUGCCACCAAAAUUUUAGAAUAGCAUUCUUAUUUUGAUAAAUUUGCUGCAAUUCACAAUAUUUUAAUUUCCCAGGUUCUAGACCAACAUUCACUGUACACAAAUUUUGGGAGAUUGUAAUACAAUUCCAGCAACUAUAUAGCAAAAAAUGGAUGAUAAAUCAAAUAGACUACAAUUAGUUCAACUAAAAUUGAUCAAUGUUUUGGAUUUUCUAUCGAAUUACCUCCCCCUUGUAAACUGUCAUUCUAAUGACUUUAUUCUUAACAAUCAUUGGCACACAUUUUUGUGUGAGUCCAUCAGAAAAGAACUUGAAACCCUCAGUACUAGUGAACUUGUAUCAGUCUUGAGUCAUACAAUUGAUAACAAGAAAUUAAGCCAACAGGAGACUUGUAGAGAAGAUGGAUCUGAUCCAAGUUCUUGGAAAUUCAAAUGUGAAUAUCUGGAUACAACAAAGACAGAAAGUGAAAUUAGUGAAAUUUAUUCACCUGAGAUGCAGAAAUUGCCCCCUCACUGGGUUCAUGGAAACUUGUAUUCAUUUUUAUAUGAUGCACAAAGGAACAGUCUUCAAAACUUGGGCAUUCUUUCACAGAUUGAAAAUCUUUUUGAAGAUGUAAAUGCUGCAAAUGAAAACUCUGUGUUUAUUUCCACAUUUAUGAAUCAGAAAAAGACUCAUGAAGUAGAGGUAAUGGGAGAACUGUGUUUUAAGCUGACUAAGAAAUAUGACACUAGUGUGGUAGUAGAUCUAGGGAGUGGUAAAGGAUACCUCAGUACACACCUGGCAUUCCAGCAUAAACUGUGUGUGAUUGGUGUAGAUGCCCAAAACAUCAACACAAAAGGGGCCACAAAGAGGGCAGACAUACUAUCCCGGCAGUGGGAGGGAAUAACUCGAAAUGAAGUUUUACGAGCUGAUAAAGUUGAGCCAGGAAAGAUAGGUAAAAAGAAGAAAAAACUUAUGAAGAAGUUAAAUCUAGAAAAAGACAUGCAGCAACAAAAGGACUUCAAAAAAUCUGAUGAUUUGCAUUGUGGGAUAUCUGAUGAACUCCUUACAGACUUCUCCGGUUUAUUUGAUGAUUCUGGGGAAAUUGGUGAUGGUAAAAUAAGUGGAGAUUUCAAAGAUAGUUUACCAGUAACUUGUGAUUCCUCAGACCUGGCAGAGAAAAUUCAAAAUAGUGCGACCAUCAAAAACAACUGUAAAGGAGGAGAGGGGAAAGAACAUCUAAGCAAAUCUCAAACAGAAGUCAAAACUAAUAUAGAAUGUGAGCAUAAUUCUAAUAGUAGUAAUUUUUCUCAUAAAAAAGUCAACACAAAAUCUUCAACACUAAAAGCCAACCACUUUCCUGUUACCAUGUAUAUACACACAGACUCCAACCUUAGUGACAUAGUAAACAAAGCUUUGGCACAGAAUUCAGCACACACAAAAGGCAAGGGAGCAUCAUCCACAGAUUUCUGUGAAAUUUCUUCAACUGAACAGGGCAAAUCAGUCUGCUGUGAUAGAAGUGAUCAGGAAUGGGACAGGAAAAACUGUGUUCUGCUGACAGGGCUCCAUACUUGUGGUGGUCUGGGUUCCAAUAUGUUAAGACUGUUUGUUGAGUCAGAAGAUGCCAAAGUCCUGUGUAAUGUAGCUUGUUGUUAUCACCUCAUGAGUGAGGAAUUUGUUGCCAGUCCAUUUAAAGAGAAAGAAGACAUGAUUGAGGCUCCAGGCUUUCCUCUUAGUGACUUUUUAAAGAGAAACAAAGUUGGUAUCGGGAGACAAGCCAGAAAUCUGGCCUCUCAGUCCGUCAACAGACGCGCCCAGGACGAGGAGGUGCUUGCUAAACAGUUUCCCAGAAUGUUGCUGCAAGUUAUACUUCGGGAUCAGCUGGGAUAUGUGAGAAGUGAUUGGAAAGGGCUGAGAAAGUUAGACCAGAAAUGCAAGGGGAUGUAUGAAUACGUUACAAAGGCAUUUGUCAAGCUAGGAGUUCCUACAGGAGGAAUCACUGAGGAGCUUAUCGAUUCCUAUUGUGAAAAGUACAAAGACCAGAAGAAGAAGUUUGCUGCAUUCUUUCAGUUGAAGACUGCCCUGGCUCCCUGCAUUGAAGCUGUCAUUCUGUUGGACAGGCUUUGUUUUCUUCUCGAGCAGGAGUCUGUUAAAGAUGCCAAACUGCUACAGCUCUUUGACCCUGUGACCUCACCAAGGUGUUAUGGGAUUGUUUCUGUGAAAGUUUAAGCAAUCAUGGACCCCUUCAGUGUUCUGUUAAAAUCUAAGUGAUUCUGGACCAUUCUGAUUAUAUGCUACGAUAAAAUACUUUAAAAGAUAAAUACAUGUAUGAUGAUUUUUUGUAAUACAAGUGUAACUGUGUUGAAUGAAGUUUUGAAAGAAA